AACUACGCCAUGAUACGAGGGUUAAAAAUCGAUGAAUACAGCCUGCGUUGUUAUAGAGAUGCGUUCAAACAAGAAUCGCGUGGAUGUCGAAUUAUAUGAAUCAACUUGAUCAUUGCGAAUAUGUCUCGACGAAAGAUACAUUUUUAAUAUUACUGAAUAUUUUGAUUUCGGCAUGGCAAGUCUGCCCCUUUUACCGGGAUAUACUAUUCAAGAUGUUAACAUCAAGGAUUAUAAAUUGCCGCACAAGCUCGACAUUUCAAACGGCUUUCCUGUGGUACGCGAUACCAAUUACGGCCUCGGUAGGAGACCGACAGACGCAGCAUCCGUUCGGUAUGCUGAAUGUCCAGAUCCAAUUGAAUACGAUCCAUCAUUGACUUAUGGUCGAGCGCCUCGUUAUGCAUUUCGGCAAUUCGUGCCGCGUUACGCGUUGUUUGCGCAAAAGUGUCUCCAUUUCAAGGCCUUCUUUCGCCAGGGAGUCUUCGACUCCCCGGAUGAGCACUAUCGCAUUCGCCACGUGAAUAUUGUUUACUACCUAGAGGACGACACGCUCUGUGUGAUAGAGCCGGUGGUAGACAAUGCCGGUUUCCAACAGGGUAAAUUGGUGAGGCGUGAUAAGAUCCCGAAGAAUGCCAAGGGAGAUCCGUUCAUCUGGAAAGACUUCAACGUCGGGAUCAACGUGUGUAUUUACGGCGUGGUCUAUCGUAUUGUCGAUUGCGAUCCGUUCACCAGGGAAUUCUUGACGAGCCAAGGCAUUGAUGUCGGCGAAAAGGAGAAUCUACCCGCGGAUCCUUACGCAGAGCAGCGUAAAAUCAAGCAUGAUGGAACGAAUGCGAAGAUUUCUACGCGAAUUAAGAGCGAUGAUUCUAGACGGCGUCUUCUAGAGUUCGAUGGCAUGGUGUUGUCAUUCGACGCUACCUGGAACGAUGAUCGUUAUCGGGUAUUAUAUUUCCUAACAGAUGAUACUGUGGCGGUCCGCGAAAUUCACAAGCUCAACGACGGCAAGGAUCCCGUGGCGAUGCUACUCAAGCGUACGCGCGUGCCUAAAAAUGGGCAAAGUCUGCCGUCUUGGCAUCCAAGUAUCUGCAUGGAAUACGGAGAUCCCGAGAUUAUUGAAUAUUACACACCGCGAGAUUUUAGAGUAGGCGAAACAAUUCUGUUGUACGGCCGAUACUUCCUGUUACGUGACUGCGACGCCUUUACGCGGAAAUAUUACUCCGACAUAUUGGGUACUCCGCAAGCAGAUGCGAUUCCGAUUCCCAUAAGAGACGAGAAACCGACGCUAGUUGAGUCCGAAGAACCGCCGCAUAUAAAAUCCAACAGCCCUGAAGACACAUAUGUCAGUAUUCCGUUCUUCGUGACGAAGUCGCCCAGGAGGAAUGCCAUUCGUCAACUGAUCAACUUCGGGAAGAUACUCCGCUAUUCCGUACGAAUGGAUGCGGUGCAUCCGGAGGACGAGAACCGUGACUUUGUGUUGGAGUACAGACUGAGCGACGGUGCCAUUCGAAUCAUCGAGAAGGAGAAGCGCAAUUCCGGCCGGCACGAAGCUUGUUUCUUAACCUUUAGGCCGAUCCCGAAGCCGUGUAGUACGAAAAGGGACGAUCGAGAAUAUUACACACCGGAAGAUCUUUUUGUGGGUGCGCGCAUCAACGUAUUCAAUCAUCGCUUCAUUAUCACUGGCGCCGAUUUAUAUGUGUAUCGCUAUAUCGAGGCAAAUCAUGAUAAAUUCUGCCAGGAAGUCCGAGAGAAUCUGCGUAAUUACUUUCUACAGCAAGGUAUGUUGCAAAAUGACGUGGAUGUCGAAGCUAGAAAGAUACAAGAGAUGGAGGAUGAACGCAAGCUCGUUGCGGAUAAUACGAAUGGAAAGAUCAUCGAGGAUAACACUAAAGCGAGUAAAUGCACGAGCGAAGAAACUAAUAUGGAAUCAGCUAUAAAAAACUGAUAGUGUCUCAAUUAAUCAAUACGGAAAUGAUGUUUAAUGCGAAUUUCCUAAUCGAUUUAAUCUGUAAAGCUCGCUAAUAAAUUUUCUGGCGAUUUUUCUUCCUCUUAUCGGCAUGUAGUAUGGCCAUAUAUGCAGAGCAAUCUGAAUAAUAUCGAUAAACUUUACAAUUGGACCUUUGAAAUGAAUUUGAAGUCGAGUAUUUCUUUUAAAAAAAGCAAUUGAAUCAUUGCCAAUUUUCAAGUUAUAAUUGCUAAAUAACUUUAAUCUUUAGAAGUAAGACUAAUAGAAAUUUUUUCAAUUUUAUAUAUUUUAAUAAAUUGAAUAAAUAUUCAAGAUUUAAAAUUUUAAAAUAUUAAAAUAUUAAAAGGGGAGGAGAGAGGGAUAGGAUGGGCGCGUACACAAAUUCUAACGCUAAGAAGAGAAGUU